AUUUUCAAUUCAGAAGUUUCAGACCAAACUGCCACUCCUCACUCUCAGCUCUCACGCUCAAAGUAUAAAAACCCUUCAGACCCCCCCAAAAAAUCCAACCUUUCUUUCUUUCCAUUGAAUCUUUCCACCUCUGGUUUCUGAAAACGACAUUAGAUACUCGAUAUACCGCCGUCUGAUCAGCCAUGCCUCGCUCUCAGAGAUUUCUAGGCAGCAGCACCCCCGCCGCCAACUUCUCAACCGUAUCGGCAGCUCCGCCUCCUGAGGCCGUGGCUCUGGAGUCGGAUUUAGUUGUCAUCCUAGCAGCGCUGCUCUGCGCCGUCAUAUGCGUGGUGGGUCUUCUCGCCGUCGCCCGCUGCGCCUGGCUCCGCCGCGGCCCCGGCGGCAGAGCCGCUAUGAGCUCGGCUUCUUCAUCCGCCAACAAGGGCCUCAAGAAGAAGGUCCUCCAGUCCCUCCCCAAGUUCACGUACGGAACCGGCGGCGCCGAGCCGCCGCCAAAGCUGGGUUCGGAGUGCGCCAUCUGCUUAGGGGAGUUCGUGGAGGGGCACGAGAUCAGGAUUCUGCCGCAGUGUGGGCACGUGUUCCACGUUGGAUGCAUCGACACGUGGCUUGGGUCUCACUCGUCGUGCCCGUCUUGUCGGCAGAUCUUGGUGGUUGCUCGGUGUCACAAGUGCGGUGGGUUUCCGGCUCCAAUAUCUGAAUCUGAGGCGGAGCUCAAGGCUCGCCAGGACCACACCAACCAUUCAGCUCCUCCUCCGCCGGCGGCGGCGGCAGCUGCACCCACUACUGCCAUUAGUAUUAGUUCUUCUAAUACGGCUCCAACUACCAAUUUUCUCCCUUAAAAUUUGUUAAUUAGGCAAACCAACGUUUUUAAUUUUUCUUUAAUUAACUCGACCUUUGUUUUCCUUUUUCUGAAUUUGUAUUUCCUACCAGUCUUUUGUGUACAGAGAGAAUCAAUGGAUCAUCAUGUUUCUUCA